AUGACUUCCAUUCCACGACCAAGCAUUGAUAUCGUUCAGGGUAUCGCGAACAACCAAGUGGCCAUCGUCACUGGAGCCGCCCGAGGCAUCGGCUUUGCCACCGCGUCCCUCCUGGCAAAAAAAUGGAGCACGAGCGAACCUGUUUCACCGCGUGUCAACCACGAUCGGGCCGAUCAGCCUGCUAGUCUGCAAUGCAGCGGUCAAUCCCGAGAUCGCGUCCGCCACAAUUACCUUGCGGAUGAAAAGGAGCCGAAGACCGAUACCUUGCAGCGCCCCCCGACGACCAUUUUCGACAUCAACCUAAACUCCGUUGUGUUUGGUCUCAAGUUGGGCAUUCAUUAUAUGAAGCCACACGGGGGUCGGAUCGUCGUGGUCGUGUCUGCAGGUGCCUAUCUGCCAAUCCCCUCCCAGCCCCUUUAUUCAGCAAGCAAACAUGCAGUGCUGGGAUUAGUUCGCAGUACUGCAUUGAUGGAUGAGGUGCCCCGGUCGGGCAUCUCCAUUUCCUGGGUGGCACCUUGGCUGACCUUGACGUCAAUGGUGGAGGGCCUGGAGGCAACCACCAACCCGGAUAACCUGAAGAGUUCACCCGAAGACGUCGCAUGGGCCAUUCUUGCAGCAGCGGCGGCCGAGGCACCCAAUGGCAAGGGGUACUGGGUUCAAGGUACAGCGAUCAGCGAGGUUGAGGGCGCCUACGGCGAGGUGGCGGGGCGGCUGAUCUCGCCGGAGAAUCGGUUUUGA